ACCCCUAAUAAAAUCAUGCUUAAAUAUUCAAAUUUGUCGCCCACUCUUUUCGUUAUGUUUUUAAUUCAAAACCUUACCUCUCUCUCUCUCUUGUCGGAAAACUCAGAAGCUUCGAAAAUGAGGACAUGUACGGAAGAGGAGAAAGUCCUUUUGAUCUCUCAUCACAAUCAAGAUCAAGAAGACGAAGAAGCGUUAUCUCUGUGUGAUUUGCCGGUGAAUUUAUCUAACGAGAAAGUUGAGCUUCCGAAACAAUCAAAGGAAGAAGAGGAGUUCCAAUUUAAAACCAGGUCAUCGUUUCGUCUCGGGUCGGAUUCAUGUGAGCCAGCUCCUGAGAUGAGUACCGCGGACGAAUUAUUCUCCGAAGGGCUAAUCCUCCCGUUUCGUCACUCCGUCAGCUUAGACGCGGGACUUCCCGGUUCGAACCGGUUAAUUUCCAGAUCCGAAUCGGUCGACUUCCGGAGAACCGGAGCCGGUUCUAACCGGAAAAUUGAAAAUAACUUCAUCGACUACAGUCAACCGAGUCCACAGCCACAGAUCAGACGAUCGUCGAGCAUGACGGCGAGAGUGAAUUCAAUCAGAAACCACAAAUCAUCUUCGAUUUGGGACUUUCUCCGGUUAGGUCUCGUCCGUACGCCGGAGAUCGAACUUCGAACGGCGAAAGUAUCAGUGAGUCGAAACAGUAGCUGCAGUAGCACAAGCACGAGCUCGAAUUCGAAGAAAACAGAAUCGAGAUCGAGUAACCGGAGGAGAAGCUUUCUGUUCGGGGAUU